CCCCACGUGUCGUUUUCCGAAGGAGGUUUCCGCGAGUUGUUUUGGAAGUGCCUGCGCCACGUGGAGGCACGCGGUACCGUCGCUGCUUCCUGACUUCAGCUCCGUCCGGCGUCCUUCGCGCUUUCCUGCGACUCCUCGGUCCCUAACGAGUCCACCGCAAGCCGCCCUUUACGUGUCCGUGAGAGAUGUCAGCGGGGGGUCAGACCACCGGGAGCCGGGACAUCCCGUCCGUCAGGCGGGUGACCAUCCACGACGCGGCGCACAUGCCCCAGGACUACUCCACCACCCCGGGGGGGACACUGUUCAGCACCACGCCCGGAGGCACCAGAAUCAUCUACGACAGGAAGUUCCUCCUGCAGUGCCGCACGUCUCCUCUGGCUCGCACGCCUCCCAACCUGCCGGACAUCCCCGGGGUCACCAGGGCGCUCAAACCCAACUCCUCCAUCGACACAGCGCGGCCCGAGCCGACGGCGAGCAACAACGCGGCGCACAACCAGCACGCCGAGGACCACGCAGAUGCCCAGUUUGAGAUGGACAUCUGAGGAGGGUCAGCAGCAGGAACAUAAGUGAUUCCCAACUGAUCCUUUUUUUUCACUACUGGGAUAAGAAGAAAAAAAAAAUACUCAUUUGAGAUGAGAUGCCUUGUUUUAUUGAGCUUUAUAAUCUACAAGAAGGCCUUUUCUGUUGAUGUUUAAUCUGUUUAAAGAGAAGAAAAAAACAUGACUAGCCAAUGCAUGAAAUUAUGUUUAUUUUCAAUCCGCUAUGCUUUGUAUGUGAGAUAUUUGACACGUUGGCCAAAGUCUUAUUGAAAUUAAAGCUUUUAUGUGAAUUUAAUCAUUUGAGGACUUUAAGCACAUCUCUAAAAUAUUCAAUGUUAUACAAAUAAAGGACUUGAAGUAUGGACCUCAGUUUAAAGUUACAGUUUUCGUCAUUAUUUUGGCGAAAUUGGUCAUUGAUUUGUUUCUGCUGCCACUUGGGGGCGUAUAAACACCACACUAACAUGUCAUCUUGGGUUGAUCGGGUCAGUUUGAUAACACAUCCGUCUCUAGCUGCUACGUGUUCAUAUACGUUCACCAGCUUGCUGCCAACCAACGUCAGUCUGCUGUUUGUCGUUUUGUUGGAAACAACUAAUACCUCUUUAUCUUUAAAGUGUUUCUUUUUAGGUAUGAGCUUGUAAAAAAGGUCUUAAGCACUUAAUAGCAUCAUCAUUUAUGUUCAAUGUUUUUUUUUUUAUGAGCACAGUAUUAAAAAAAACAACAAACACUUUGUCAAAAAAAACAAUAAUUUAUUGUAAUAUUGUACAUAGCAAAUACACAGAUGGAUCAAUGUGAACCAAACAUUUCAAUAAAGUUAAAAGCGCUUA